CUCUGUGUUUGUUUGACUCUCUUUGAGCUGCGCCCCUCUUCAAUAUUGUGGUUUAUCUGCUUCGCCUCCUGCUUCUGAACAUCUGCUUCAACUGAGUGUGAGUGACCUCAUUCACCCGCGCUGUAUAUGCAGACGGGGCAGGCCAAAACUGUAUAUAUGCUCGGCUCCUUAAAAAAUCUACAUACUCUCAAUAUCUUGCCCUCAAUCCGAUCUCCACAACAGUGACACCGAACCUCUUGCUGCGCGUACCUCAGAGCUAUUGGUGAGAACUCUGUCAACUUCCAAAAUGGAGUAUAAUACGCCCUAUGGCGAGGAAAGUAACGGCCGGCCAUUCCCUGGUUGCAACACAUCAAACCAACAAGUUUACCGCCGCCAAGACUUCAUGGAGGUCGGACAGACGUGGGUCGAAACCCUCGAUCCUUUACUCUACCAAGGACAAAUUCAGAACCUUCACAAUCCAGAAUGGCGACAGCAUCAGCAACCUCUUCAGCGCUUUGUCAACGAGCCCGAAAGAGCUUUUUUCACAGCCGGACCCCUUUCGAGCAGACCGAGUGUCAACCGUCCUGAUAUGAACGGAUCAUUCGAAGCUGUUUCUUCCCUCCCGGGAGCAACAGGCCCGCGGAUGGCCUCACCUUCACUUUCCCAUGAGCUUUCCUCGCAAUGCAGUAGUGCCAGGAGCCCCGAGACAGAUCCUGAAUGGUACUCUGAUACCUAUUACUCUUCCCAGGACCAAGAUUAUUUGUCCAAACUCAGUGGCGCAUCUCACUUUCCGCCAGGACCUCCAAACGUAUGGGUCGAGCGACCACAGACACUUUUCUACCCUCAGGAUAGUGUAUACUCAUGCGUCAACAUGAAGCAAGUCCAAGGGCUGCCCGAUCUGCAAAAUGCCACUUUCGCACCCGACGAAGGAUACAUGGAGACAGCUGGAACAGAGUACGUGAUUGAGGUAGAACCUCGAGUAUUGACAGAGGGUAAACAACAAGCAGAACACCAUCACUGGUAUGCCGGUGACGAAGGCCUUGGCGCAUCGAUCAAAGACGCAGAAUCCCCUCAAGAAUCAGUCACGACACCCGUCGAAACCGAUGAAGAUGCGGAUGCUGAUGUGGACGCCGAAUACGACGCGGCCCUUGACGAAGAAGCUUCUGACGCCGAGUACACACCCAAGUCAACUCGAACCCGCAAACGCCGCGCCCUUUAUUCCACCAAAACUACAUCCUCAUUCUCCGCCAAACGCGGCCGCGUAACCAAGUCUAGCAGGCCUGUCAAGCCCAACAAGUCCCCAUCAUCUUCUACAUGCAAAGCCUGCAACACAUCUUUCAAAAACCCUGCCGCAUUACAACUCCACAUGAACAACACGCAUCCACGUGCUCUUGUCUGUGUAUUUGGUUUUGCUGGUUGCAAGAGCACGUUCAUGAGCAAGAAUGAAUGGAAACGGCAUGUCUCGACAAAGCACCUCAGUUUAUAUUCCUGGAUCUGCCAGCAAGGUGCAUGCGGCAUCAACGCUUCUCCUUCCUCAUCCAAGCAUGGCAGCAUGACAAAAGGCGCUACCUUCAACCGCAAGGAUCUCUUCACGCAGCAUCUCCGCCGUAUGCACACCCCCGUUGCCGUCAAGCGCCAAGACAAGAAAAACCCGGCAUGGGAAGAGCGUAUCAAGGAGCUGCAGACAAGCUGUCGGCAAACUAACCGUCAGAUGCCUACAACUCUUCGAUGUCCGGCUCAAGGAUGCACGUUACUGUUCGAGGGCUACAGCUGUUGGGAUGACCGCAUGGAGCAUCUCGCAAAGCAUCUAGAGGAGACGACGCAUACUAAGGGGUCAGGCAUCCAGCAGGAAAGUGACGAUCUGUUUAUUGCCUGGGCACUUAAUGAGAAGAUCAUUGAGCGGACAGGAGGAGCUACCUAUCAGCUCGCGGGAGUAGCGUCUGAGAGGGUGUCUGAUAAAGACGCGGAUGGUGAGGAUGAGUAAAUAAUAUAUCCUCAUACACGUGUAUAACAUGAGAAGUCACGGAGGAUGGGAUGAUACCUGGCGUUUGGGAUGCUUAUGACAAGGGGUUCAUGAUGCAAUGAUGGUGCAUUAGCGUUAAUGUUUGUUAUAUUUCAAACAGGGGACAAUCCCUUACAAAAAAUAAAUGUUAAAGUACUUGCCUACUCUAUCUAUCCUUCUUCCUUAUACAGUAC